AAACGCUUGGAUGUUUUUAUUCCGGUCCCUUGCGCGAGCGCAUCACUCGUACGUUUGCUACCAAGGCCCACGGGCGCAUAUCUAUUAAAUAUUUUUUUAUCACUAAACAUUAAUAAUGUAUAAAUCGAUUGUAAUUGUGUGUGCAUUGUAUUUAGUGGUAACGGAGGCACGUCCCAAAUGGCAGUAUCUGCCCGAAGUACCCGGAUACGUCCCAGUAUACAUUCGUAACGGGGACACACCGCUCGAAGAUAUUAACCCCGAGUUAGCGGAGGCGUUCCACGCGCCUGCCGGCAGAAGCGCGGGAAAACAGAUAGAAGCGGUUCCCGAUAUGCCAGAACAAGACCAGCCCCAGCCAGAAAAAAAGAAAAAAGCGAGCUUCGACAUCCCCAAACCGAUUGAACAUUAGGCUGUGAGAUUUGUACUUAUUUAGCUUUAGGUUAUACGGCUUGAACGAAAGCUGAGCUUGCCAACUUUUGUUAUUUAUUUAUUAUAUUGAAUA